GGGGAGCGCCCGUGAGGCGAGACCGAGGCCGCGGGCUCCGGGCCGCCGGCGCAGCUCGAGCGCUUUCCGCGGGGUUUGGCUCCUGUCGCUUCCCGUCUCGCUGAACCUGCAUCGCCGCCAACAGAGCCGCCGCCGCCGCCGGAGCUGCCGCCGCGAGUCCUCAGAGCCGGGCUGCGGGCGGCCAGGCGCUCCGGGACGACGCGCGGAGCGGACGGCUCCGGGACGCGGUCGCAGAUGAAGAGAAGUAAAGAAUUGAUAACUAAAAAUCAUAAUCAAGAAGAAAUAAGUAUUCUCCGUUGUUGGAAAUGUAGAAAAUGCAUAGCAGGUUCUGGUUGUUUCAUGGAAUGUCUUGAGAAUCAAGUGACUAAGGAUAGACAUGAUUCAGCUGAUGAUCAAAAUAUUUGUCAUGUGUGGCAUAUGGAUGUAGAAGCCCUUCCAGAAUGGAUACACUGCCUAAUACAAAAAGCCCAGUGGACAGUUGGAAAACUGAAUUGCCCUUUCUGUGGGGCCCGUUUAGGGGGCUUUAAUUUUGUCAGCACUCCAAAAUGUUCCUGUGGCCAGCUUGCAGCUGUACAUCUCUCCAAAAGCCGGACCGAUUAUCAGCCAACACGGUCAGGCCGACUAAUGAGACCCUCGCUGAAAUACUUGUCACAUCCUAGAGUUCAGUCAGGUUGUGACAAGGAAACUCUGCUGAGAGGUGACGCCUCCAAAAACAGAAAUCACGGGCUUUUAAACAUGGCCCAAAAUAAUAAUGGCCCUGGAAGAUUAACGGAAGCACUCUGCCUGGAGGUACGGUCAACGUAUUUCAAGAUGAAGAACGAAAAACUGCUCUUCAAAGCAGAUCCAAAAUGUCAGCUUCUUGUUCCCCAGCUUGUGACUGGCAGAUGCACUACGAAAGCUUUUCAUAGAAAAUCACAUAGCUUGGAUCUGGACAUCAGUGAGAAACUGACUUUAUUACCCACUUUAUAUGAAAUCCAUAGUAAGACUACUGUGUAUCCCAGGCUAAAUGAAACGCAGCCUAUUGACCUUUCGGGCUUGCCUUUAGAAUCGAGUAAAAAUAACCGUUCCUUUCAGAUUUCAUCCAGUUUUGAUCCUAAUAUGCUGCUGCAAAGAUUUUCAGUGACUCCCCGUGAGACCCAGACACAAAGAGGAGGAGAAUUUCAGUGUGGUCUAGAAGCUUCUGCAGUGUACUCUGGCCAUGCUAGUUCUAACAACCUGACUUUCCUGAUGGACCUGCCCUCAGCUGGCAGGGGCACACUGGAGGCCCCAGACCAGGAAGAGCACCUCUCUCCUCUGGACUUCCUGCACUCAGGCAGUUUUUCAUUGGGUGCCAUUAAUCAGAGGCUCAGUAAGAGAGAAAAGAGCAAGCUGAAGACUCUGAGACGGAAACAACGAAGGCAUGAAAGAUGGCUGCAGAAGCAGGGUAAAUGUCCAGGAGUGGGAUUGCUGGAUCAUAUGACUUUGGAUAAUGAGAUGAGUACAGAUGAUGACAAUGAAUAUGCAGAAGAAAAGGAGAGCUACAUCUGUGCAGUGUGUCUGGAUGUUUAUUUCAACCCCUACAUGUGUUACCCUUGCCACCACAUCUUCUGUGAGCCCUGCUUACGGACUCUUGCCAAAGACAAUCCCGCAAGCACUCCCUGCCCAUUGUGUCGGACAAUUAUUUCCAGAGUCUUUUUCCAGACAGAACUGAACAAUGCCACAAAAACAUUCUUUACUAAAGAAUAUUUGAAAAGAAAACAAAGCUUUCAGAAAUCCAGCUCUGCAAAGUGGCCCCUACCAAGCCGCAGAAAAGCAUUCCAUCUUUUUGGAGGUUUCCACAGACGUGCAGCUCCAGUUACAAGAAGGCAGUUUCCACAUGGUGCACAUAGGAUGGAUUAUUUGCACUUUGAGGAUGAUAGCCGUGGAUGGUGGUUUGACAUGGAUAUGGUGAUCAUCUAUAUUUAUUCAGUGAACUGGGUCAUUGGAUUCAUUGUUUUCUGCUUUCUUUGCUAUUUUUUCUUUCCAUUUUAGGAAUUUUCAUACCUUACUAUGGUUGAACAAUUACAAAUGAUGUAGAUAACAAUUACUUAAACAUUUUUUUAAAUGUGCUUUGAAGUUUUUAUAAUGUUUCAUUAUAUAAAUUGUUGGUGUUUAUAGAAAAUCUGAGAAUGGACUUAUUUAUGAAUGUUUUUCAUGUAACAAACUCAACUUUAUUCAAGAGCUAAUCUGUCUAGCACCUAGCAACAACACACUGUUAAUUUCAUAGUUCUUCUUGGUUUGGGAUUUGUGGCUCUAAUUUUACAAUGUCACUUUUACAUUUAUCUUGAUUUUAAAGACUGAGGUUUUCCCUCCACUUAAAAAUAGUAAAAAAUGUAAAAUUAAAUGGUAAUCUGAGUAGAUAUUAUCAUUAAUGAUAAUAUAUUUAGUCAAUCAUCACUUAUCCUCAGGCAAGUUAUAUACAUUAAAGAUAAACCAUAUCCUCUGGGAACUAAUCUAGCAGGGUAUAUUCAGUUUUGGUUUCCAAUUAUCUCUAUGUAUGUCCUUAUGUCCCUUUCUGUUACCAAGACAGCUGACUAUCCUUUUUUUUAGAGGCCUAAUAAUAGCGUUAGUGCAACAUUUUAAACUAUUACAAGAACAGAAUAUUAAACACAAAAAAGCAAAAAAAAAAAAAAAAAGCUGAGAUUAAUUCCCACCAGUAGAUACUUAGAAAAAUAUAUUAACGCUUUUCCAAUUGCAGGAUUAUUCACCUGAGGAAAUUAAAAAUUUACUGACACUCAGUAGCCUAAAAGAACAAUGCAUGUCCAAAAUGUAGUUAAUUUAGUGAUUCUUUUAACUUGGACAUUGUCAAAUAUAUUGUAAAUGUGCAAUAAAGAGUGGCUUUUAAAUUUU